AUGCCCCCAUAUCGAAAACGUGUCAGGGUUGCGCAGAUUCCAAGGUGUCUCCGCUUGGGAAAAGAAUGUCUAUAUCGCCAGACCGGGCGUCGAUUUAAGGGCUUCCACAAGGACCGUAAGAUCGCGGCUCUUGAGUCAAAGAUCAAUGAACUCAAGGCUGACCGGGGUGGCCCAGAAGGGCAUGAAACCAACACGAGCACGCGCAGCACGUCAUUAGUCGACGGGGAUGCUGCGCCUGAAGACAUCAUCAGUCGAGACUUGCUUGAUAUGAAGACUGCUGAAAGGUAUCUAACCGCAUUCAAGACCAAAAUGACCCCACACUUCCCAUUUGUGGUUGUUCCCCCUGAUGUAUCUGUCAAGCAGCUCCGCCAGGAGAAGCCAUUCCUAUGUCUAGCAAUACUCGCGUCAGCUUCGUACGAGAAUAUGCCACUGCAACGGGCGCUAGGGGCCGAAGUCAAGAAAGUCGUCGCAUCACGAAUGGUCAUCGGCGGGGAAAUCUCCUUUGAGUUGUUGCAAGGUCUGCUGGUCUUCCUUGCAUGGUUGCAUUAUCACUCACGGCCACACCGUUAUACUCAGUUCCUUCAACUGGCUAUAAGCCUCAUGAUAGAUUUGAGGUUGGACCGUCCGCCGCAGACACGGACAUGGAAGACAGAGCUGCGCUUCGGACUUCAAUAUAAUCUGCAGAAUCAGACGUUUAAUCGGCCUUCUUGGGGAAGCAAUGAGCAGAGGGCUGUCUUGGGUUGUUACUAUUUGUCGUCAUCUAUUGCGAUGCUUGUGCAAAAGAAAUCUACUAUCCUACGUCUUCCGUACCAGGAAGAGUGUUGCAACACUCUCAGCGAAUCCAACGAGUAUCCUCAGGAUAAAUACAUCAGCUAUGUGAUACAGCUCCAAUUUAUUGCAGAAAAAGUCGACAAUCUAUCUGCAAAGCAUGGGCUUGACUUGGAAACGCCUGGAUCGGGGUCAGAGCUCUACAUCACCAAUUUGAAGUCAGAACUGGAGGCGUUCCACCGUCAACUACCCUUCGGUAUCAACGAAAGCUUUCUUCUCGGUAUACAAUACCACGCGACAGGGCUUAGCCUAUUCCAACUAGCUCUCAACAUCACCAACCAAGAGCCUCAAACACCCUUUGAGUCAAACUCCUGGAGAGACGAAAUGUUGCUCGCGGCAUUUAUCUCAGCCAGUUCUAUCCUAAAUCUGUACAUUCGACUUCCAUCGAGCGAGGAAGUCGGAUUCAACAAUACGCAAUGGGUACAGAUAGGAUUCGCCCUGCUAGUUACCUAUCGACACACCGUGGCAGCCUCCAAACCAGAUCAAACUUCUGCCUUCCGAGAUACUCUAUCCAAAUUAAGAUCGAGGGUUGGAGCGUUGACUACUCCCGAUGUAGAUAUUAACGGCGCUCGAGAUGCUUUCUUCGACUUUGGGAAGCGUGUAGCCCAAAUCGAGAACUGGCUCGCGGGAGAUGGUAGACAGGAAGACAACUCCCACAACAAUGAGAGCUUUGAGGACUUUCAGAAUACGGUAUGUCUCGAGCUGAUGCACUUUGAUGGGUUUAUGGGGGCUGUGGAGGCUGAGCAUCUCGAUAUCCCCUUUGGGGAUUCAUUUUCAGCUUCGGCGGAGGACUUCCAAAUCCCACAAGAUUUCUUCUUUGCAUCUUCUUUUGAGCAGAUUACAGGUGACUGGGUAUGA